GGAAUCUGUGAGUGAGCACUAUCUGAUGUGCGGUUUCCUCCCCACGUGGAUGAAAGCGCAGGGCUGUGGUGUAACGCUGCCCACCUGGCGCUGUGACACACGCAAACAUCGCUCCUGCAACACUCACCUGGCCAGUUCUUCUUGCUCUUUGCUGCUCCCCGUUUCCAUCGCACCCCCACGCUCUGCUCCUCAUUGUCCAGGAGGGAGAGCACCCCAAUCCAGAGCUGCUGGAUAUCCCUCCUUUCAUCACCAACACGCUAAAAGGCAGAGUUUGGGCAGGUUUUUCCUUCACAUUUUAUUCCCCGUCUCUGCCUUUCUGUUCCUCUCAUCACACAAAGCKUUUAUCAUCUGCCUGUGGUUGUUCCCAGCUUCUGAACUCUCUGUUCCCAGCUUCUGGCCGGACAGGAAUCUUUUAUCAUCCUGCCCUAUUUGCAUUGGUGUGUCUCUUGCUGGGGUUAUGCCAUACUGGGAUCCAUCCCGUUUUGCUCCUUCUGGAUCCCAGUGACGCCUGCAGGAAUAAACCACCGGAGUGGGUGGCAGGAACUCUGCCUUGGAGCGUUCAUUCCAGCUCACUGCUGUUAGCUGGGAUCUAGGGAAGGGAUUGCUCUUGCAUUUGCACAAAAGUUUACAAACCCAGAUUGUCUUUUUAAUUUUUUUUCCAGCAAGAUUUCUCUUAUUUGAAAAAGUURUUUUUCUAAAAUCUUGUUUGCUAAGUGCUUUUGCUUCUGUUGUGAAGCAUUUCUUUCAGCUAUUCAGUGUGAAAACCCUUUCCAAUUUCUUUACCAGUACUAUUGAUUAAAAUGCAGUUUACUUUCCUGGGGAAAAUUUGAUAUUCAAAAAUGUCUUUUCACUGUGAGUCAGAAUGUUCUUUUCCAUGGAAUAAAAAUUCUGGAAAGGACAAAAAAAUGCAAUUGGAAAUGUUGAACAAAUUAUAUUGUCAUUUCAACCAGGUUAUAUAAGAAAAAAGAAAUAACUUCAAAUGAAAAGCCCUGGUAUUUUUCUCAUAUUUUGAGAAAAUUAGUGCAUUUUUCUCCAGCAGCUCAAUUUUAUCUGUUCAGAAUUUUCCAUAUGAAACUCUGAGAAUGUUCUGUACCAGCCCUAACUCCAAGUUCCURUUUAACUCAAUUGGCUGUUUCAGGUUACAUAUUAAAAAUGAAUUAUGGAGCUUUCUUCUCCUUARGUUUCACCCAUUGAUGUUUCUUCUAGAAAUGAAUAAAACUAUUUCCAGUAUUGUGGAGGAGUCUGUAGCUCUCAGGCUAUAAAUGCUGUAUCCAGCAAUACAAUUACAAUUUUGAAGGAAACCGGAKAGAAAGGAGCUUUGGAAUGCAACAGGUUAAAUUGAAUUUUGCAUCUUGCAGAUCAGAGAUGAGGAAAUGCCUGGGAUGAUUUUCUAGCCCUUGGACCUCUCCUUUGGACUCUCUCCAGUUGUUUUUCCAACUCCAGACGUGGUGCCCCAAACAAGACUUCAGCAGCAGCUCCACCAGAGCCAACUGGAGGCAGAGGACUCCCCAGCUGAUCCCAGUGGUGGCAGAAGGAUGAAUUUCCUCCUCAGCUUUUCCACCCUGCUCUGACUUGCUUCAAUCACUUGUUUUCAUCUCUGCCUCUGAUGUCCAUAUGAUUUGGUGUGGCUGCCCUCAUCAGCUGAAAAACAUGUCCAUCCGAGGCCUGAAGAAGAAACAACCCAAGACUUUUAAAGUCAAAAUUAUAACAGUGGAUGCUGAGAUGGAGUUCAGCUGUGAGAUGAAGUGGAAGGGGAAGGAUUUGUUUGACCUGGUGUGCCGAGCCCUUGGGUUGAGGGAGACUUGGUUCUUUGGCUUGCAGUACUCGAUGAAAGGAAUGUGYACCUGGUUAAAGAUGGACAAAAAGGUUUUAGAUCAAGAAAUCCCCAAAGAAGAUCCCGUCAGCUUUCAUUUUUUGGCUAAAUUCUAYCCAGAGAAGGUAGAAGAGGAACUAUUACAGGAAAUUACCCAGCAUUUAUUUUUCCUUCAGGUUAAGAAACAAAUCUUGGAUGAGGAAAUCUAUUGCUCACCCGAAGCAACGGUUUUACUGGCUUCUUACGCUGUYCAGGCCAAGCUUUGCAAAGUGGGAAAUGGAGAAUCAGACAGGAGAGAAAGGCUGGAAAGGAAUUUAAUAAUUAUGCCUUUAUUCUGCAGGGAUGAAGCUGAGAUGAACUACCUGAAAAUUGCCCAAGACUUGGAAAUGUACGGUGUCAAUUAUUUCCCCAUUGCUCAAAACAAAAACCACACAGAUCUCCUGCUUGGAGUUGAUGCCAAAGGGAUUCACAUCUACAGYAUUAAUAACAGAUUCUCUCCAAAUAAAUCCUUCGAGUGGAGCUCCAUCAGAAACAUUUCCUAUAGUGAGAAAGAGUUAACCAUUAAGCCCCUUGACAAAAAAGCAGAAGUCUUCAAGUUCUUUUCCUCUCAGCUCAAAGUGAACAAACUGAUUUUCCAGCUGUGCAUYGGCAACCAYGACCUAUUUAUGAGGAGGAGAAAAGUGGACUCCAUAGAGAUCCAGCAAAUGAAAGCACAGGCCAGGGAAGAAAAAGCCAGGAAAAAGAUGGAGAAUCAGAGGCUGGCCAGGGAGAAGCAGCUCCGAGAAGAAGCCGAGAGAGCCAAGGAAGAGCUGGAAAGGCGCCUUUUCCAGCUGGAAGAUGAAGCCAGGCAGGCCAACGAGGCUCUGCUCCGAUCCCAGGAGGCAGCCGAGCUGCUGGCUGAGAAAGCCCAGAUUGCAGAAGAAGAGGCCAAGCUGCUGGCCCAGAAUGCUGCAGAAGCUGAGCAGGAGCGCCAGAGGCUGGAGAUCACAGCCCUGAAAAGCAAAGAGGAGAAAAGGCUGAUGGAGCAGAAGAUGAGGGAGGCGGAGCUGAUCGCGGUGAAGCUGGUCAAGGAGUCCGACAGGAGAGCCAAGGAGGCAGAGCACCUGAAGCAAGACCUGCACGAGGCCCGUGAGGCCGAGCGCAAAGCCAAGCAGAAGCUCUUGGACAUCACCAGGAUUAAUUACCCUCACAUGGCCAAGUACCCCCAGUACUCCCCAGGUGACAGCAGAGACGUCAACUUCGACAAAGGAUCCAUAAAAUUGGAUUUGAAGGACAUCGACCUCAAGAGACUCUCCUUUGAGAUAGAGAGAGAGAGGCUUGACUACUUGGAAAAGAGCAGGAAAUUCGAAGAUCGACUGAAGGAACUGAAGUCCGAAAUCCACGCUCUGAAACUGGAGGAAAAGCAGGCUGGGCUUUACUCUCAUUGGAAUGAAGUCCUGGGCUCCUUGGAUCGCUCCUUAGGGUCUGCCCCAGCGUGGAUGAAAACCUUCAAAAGUGGAGAUGCAAAUCUUCCAAGACCUUUCCCUGCUUACUUGGUAAACACUGCAGGCAGCUGGCCCUGCACCAACAAAACUCAACACGCUGUGCCAGUGGAAAAGUCAUCUUCCCAAGCAAAUCCCUUGGUUGCCAACAGCGUGGGCACAGGAGCCAGAAAACAGAUGAUCAAGGUUCAGCAGCACGACUCGGAUGUGAUCUACAUCUGAAGCUCCUUGUUUCCUUGCCAGACUGGUGGGACUGGUGGCUGCCUUUUUCCCAGCUACAGGAGUCACCUCUGUGGGGACAAGGCCCUGGUGGCACAGAGCUGCCACCCAGGUGCCACCAGCUGGGGAUGCCCAGGGUGUGAGGGAGUGGUACAAACCCGGGGCUGUUGUUUGCUGCUCGUGGAAGGAACAUUUCACAUUUCACCCUCAGCCACCCCUUCCUCCCCGAGGUGUGUCACAUCCUCACAGUGCUCUGCUGCUGCUGGAGGAAGGAUGAGAGGCAGCAAGUGCCCAGGAGGUGUUUGGGAUGAGGAAAAUGAGCACAAACUCGGUGUUUAUCUCCACCACAGACUAAUUAUGUUUUUGGUCCGGUCCCUGGGACACGACUCCCACAGAGCUGCUCGCCGUUUUAAGCGCUUGCCUGCCAAGUAUUUUCCUUCUCCUCCCCAAACAUCCCUUGCUUCACUUAAUUGAUUUGCAUUUCUCUGUGAGAAGUCUCAGCUUUUCAUUCCACAUGCAGAAGUGGACAUCUUCAAAAUGCCUCCUGCUCCUGGGGGAAUCCUUUGUUUGCAAUGCAGAGCUUCUGUUCUUCCACUCCCCGACUCGAUCAAGCACUUUCUGCUCGAGCAAACUUUGCAUACAUUAACUGCCUUCCCGCUUCUGUGCAGUUCUGGCUCCCAAAUUAGACCAAGACAAAAGAUGCUGGUGGUGUCUGCUACAGUGGGAUUGUUUCUGGUGGAGAAAGUGGCUGCCUCAUUAGUAAAACCCACUUGCAUUUUCCUGUUUGUUGUGUGUGUUUAAGUGUCUGCUUCUCUGUGAAUCUUCGCUCUCAGGACUUCUGGGCAGGCAGACAGUGUUCAGAUGAAGCAGGAACAUGUGAUGUGUGAUAGAAAAACGAAUGUUAAUGUUGUUAAGUGUCUUGUUCUAAAAGCUGAGAUUAAAGAAAAAAUAAAAAAACGGUUUAAUAAAAAGCUUCAAUUUCCGUUUGCUU